AUGUACUUUACACAAAAAAAUUUUAAAUUAGUACACCGUUUUCUAACGCGACGUAAAAAUGUUAGGCAAUUGCAUUCUGUUGUUCCUCUUCCUUAUACUAUAGAUAAUGGAAUUCAACCAUUGUUCACAGAGAAAAGUCUUAAAGAAUUAAUUGAUUAUCAAUCCACCCUUGUUGAUAAUUUGAAUAAAUUUACUUCAGAAUUUUCGGAUUACACAAUUUAUGAAAUAAUAACCAAAACUGCGCAAGAACCAUCGAAAGCUUUAAUAUUUAAUUACGCAUCUCAGGCAUGGAACAAUGAUUUCUUUUUACAGGGAUUGACACCAAAGGGCGUGACACUUCCAGAACCAUUUCUUCAUGAGCGAAUCAAACAAACAUUUGGAUCAAUAAACGAUUUUAAAACACAUAUAUGGCAUUGGGACUAUUUGGUUCCGGAUGGACAUGGCAAGCUUGUUGAAACAGAAUUUAAACAACUCAGAGUGGUAAACACUUAUAAUGCAGGCACAACUCUUGACACUACUCGUCUCCAAGAAAAAGAUCCAAACAAUCACCCAACAAGUUUCCUGUCAUCUCCAUUCUUGACUACUUCCUCACAAUUUGCCCCAAACGCCGGCUCUUCUAAGCCAGUUCCACCCCCUUCCAUAGCAUUGAAUCUAGUAGAUCCACCACCACACAAAUCUAAAUUCACUCCGUUGUUAUGUUUAAAUGUUUGGGAGCAUGCGUAUCUUAAGGAUUUUGGAAUUCAUGGUAAGGAAACGUAUAUAGAUCGUUUUUGGGAAUGCGUUGAUUGGACAGUUGUGCAUAAUAGAGCUGCGUCAUUGCGUGAUGUUCAAGGUUCUUAA